GCGCACUCCCGGAAGCGUGGCCAAGCCACUCCUCCCGCUCCCCGGGAGGGGCGUUGCAGUUCCUGCCGACCGCUGCCGAGUCCGCCGUCGCCUCAGUCAUGCCGAAGCACGAGUUCUCCGUGGACAUGACCUGCGAAGGCUGCGCAGAGGCGGUUUCUCGCGUUCUCAACAAGCUGGGAGGAGUGCAAUUUAACAUUGACCUGCCCAGCAAGAAGGUUUCCAUCGACUCUGAGCACAGCGUGGACACCCUGCUGGCGACCCUGAAUAAAACAGGAAAAGCUGUUUCCUACGUGGGCCCCAAGUAGCCCUGCGCAGGAGGGACUGAAGAGCUCCGGGCAGGUUAUUCGCUCAUGAUUCCGUUAUGGUCUUUGCAUCCGAAACUGAACAGGACGGGUAUCCUGCGCCUGAGGAUCCAACACACUGGGGAACCCCAGAAGACGCCCCGGCUCCCUCCCAGCCUGACAUAACUUUUACUGCCUCUGCUCUGCUGCCGUGCCCCCAGGAGAUGGCGCGCUGCUGCCACAUAACGUCUCCGUCUCUCCUAGGCUGCUGAUUGGCUUCCGGCGAUGGAGUCCUGGGCAUACCCCACCGGCCCUGUUCCUUCCUAGCGUCCCUGCAAUAAAGUCCAGCCGUCUUUCUUGGAGAAGUUGCCCUUGCAUGGUCUUGUGUUGCCUGCCCACUUUCAGGCUGUCUGUCCUCAGUGGGUCGGAUUUCUGGGCCUUCGUGCUGUCCCCCCCACAGCCUGGUUCUCCUCUGUGUGACCUUUAGCAAAUUACCGCCCCCUCUGGACACCCUCAGCCUCCUUCACAGACGCAAAGCGACUGGGCCAGAUC